AUGACUACUAAAAACUUUAAUGCAAUCCUAAAUAAAGUGAAACAGUUAAUUCCGCCGCUUUCGCCUGAAUUUCAUAAAGGUCAAGCAGGUAGGAUCUGCGUGAUUGGUGGCUCAGAGGAAUAUACUGGUGCACCUUACUUUAGUGCAAUGUCCGCCUUGAAGAUUGGUGCCGAUUUGAGUAGUGUCGUAUGUGUGCCUGGAGCAGCUGUGCCCAUUAAGGUGGCAGACCUUUUUCCACGGAUGCAUGUAAUAGUUGUUGGUCCCGGCCUAUCGCGAGAUAAUCUUAUGCAAGAAUGCGCGCGAGGAAUUAUCACAAAAGCCAAAGAAAAAGAUUUAUCAAUAGUUCUUGACGCGGAUGCUUUAUUCCUCGUCCAAAACCAUCCUGACGUUAUCCAAAAUUAUAAAAAAGCAGUAUUGACACCGAAUGUUAACGAGUUUAAGCGGCUUUGUGAGGCAUUGAAUGUAGGAUUUGAUGAAAGUCAAAAAGGUGAAACUGCACAAAGAUUGAGUCAAGCUUUAGGUGGUGUGACCAUUGUUCAAAAGGGAAAAGUUGAUGUGAUUUCAGAUGGAGAGCAAAUACUUCAUUGUGAAGCCUCUGGCGGCUUAAAAAGAUGCGGGGGACAAGGAGAUCUUUUAUCUGGUAUCAUUUCCACAUUCUUGUCUUGGGGAAAAGCUUAUCAAGCAGGAUUAUGGGAACAUGAUCAAUCAAUUACUGCAUCCGAGAUACCGAUACUAGCUAGCUUCGCGGGUUGCAGUAUUGUGCGUGAAAGUUCGCGAGUUGCUUUUGAAAAAUUUGGCCGAGCAACUCAGACCUCGGAUAUCCUUAAAGAGCUUGGUUCAGUUUUUCGAAAAGAUUUUGAAAGGUAA